AGAGACUAUACUAUAUAACCAAAACACUGGAAAGACAUCGGAAACUAUUUUCUUUGCCCUAAGAGUGCCAUACAGGACGCAACUGGGCUUUUCCUGUUACUGCAUUAAGAAAAUCUCCCCCCAUGGCUUGGAUGGGACAACCUACAUGACGUGGCGUACGGCGUCCUCCGGAGCGACCCGCGAGGCCGUAAUUCCGCGGCCUCACGUGACGUCAGGGCCCCGCCUCGCGACCCGAGUCCCGCCGGGCCGGAAGUUGAUUCGUUGCUGAGCGCUCAGAGCCUGUGCUAGAAUUAAGUUUGUGCGGUGCUUCCGCGUUCGCCAGGUCUUGCAUAUGUGCUUAGUAGGACCCGUGCUUUUUACCGUGGAAAUCGACUUUCCCUCCAGCGGUAGCAGCAGCCAGUCCGUGCCACCGACACAGUCCAAAAGUCGAAGACGAUCUGAGUAGGAACUCCAUCUGAUGCGUUUUAAAGGAUCUCUUCAAAGCAUCAGUUUCAUUCAUCCAGUGCCUCACUAGCUGGUGGGAGUCCCUUUGAGAAGUCCCCAGUGUGACCACAGGAACCCAUCCACCGGCCCAGAGAGGAUCUGGAGGCUUCAUUCAAACAGCCUGCGUUCUCAGCUUGGCUGAAACUCGGACUAGAGGAAGAGGAGAUAGCUCCUCCUCAGUGAUUCCCAAAUCUGGCUGUUAAUCAGAGUCAUUGAGGAGCCUUUAAAAAUACAAGUUCCGGACCGGAGGCCAAGGGGCGGCCAGCACCAUGUUCGGCUCCAGCCGAGGUGGCGUGCGCGGGGGACAGGACCAGUUCAGCUGGGAGGAUGUGAAGACCGACAAGCAGAGGGAGAACUACCUGGGCAACUCGCUGAUGGCCCCGGUGGGCCGCUGGCAGAAGGGCCGAGACCUCACCUGGUACGCCAAGGGCCGGGCGGAGGGUGCGGGGAUGAGCCGAGAGCAGGAGCUGGCAGCCGUGAGGCAGGCGGAGCAGGAGGCGCUCAUGGCGGCGCUGGGCUACAAGAAUGUGCGGAAGCAGCCCACUGGCCUGAGCAAGGAGGACUUUGUGGAGAUCUGCAAGCGUGAAGGUGGUGACCCCGAGGAGAAGGGGGUGGACCGGCUCCUGGGCCUGGGGAGCUCCAGCGGUUCUGCAGGCCGAGUGGCCUUGUCCCGAGAAGACAAGGAGGCGGCCAAGCUGGGGCUGCCAGUGUUCACGCACCACGGCGUGGACAGCAGUCGGCCAGGGACCUCCCCAGCUCGGAAGAAGCCCAGGCAAGAGGAGAAGGUGGAGCAGGGUCCCCAGAGUCACAAGAAGAGCAAGAAAGAGAAGAAGAAAAAGAAGAAGCACAAGAAAGAGAAGAAGAGAGAAAAGGAGCACAGAACCUCACAGUCCUCGGCUCCGGCCAGGGCCCACCAUCGCAAGCACGACUCCAACUCCUCCCCCAAGAAGAAGAGAGGGCAUGACAGUGACUGAGGUCCAGCCACCAGGACCUGCCCAUCUCAGGCAGGCCCCGUCCUCAGUGAAGCCUUGGAGCACGUGCCCUGCCAGGCCCAGGCUACUGUAGGGCAGGCUAGUGGGGGCCCUACCAGACCCCUGUAAGCAGACAAGGUGUCCAGGUGAGGCCUCACCCUCAGAUGGCCCCAGGCCCACCAGAGGACACACACCUGUCCAGGAGGUCCACCUGCCUCAAGCUCCAAGUACUGUUACUUCUGUUUUUCCUUGUGUUGACUCACCCUUUGUACUUAAGCAAACUUAUUUUAAGCUGAAAAUAAAAAAUACAAGUUCCUGAAGAUUA